CAGCAAAUAUGGCGGCUCCUGUGGAAGCGCCGAUGUCCCUAUUCGUGUGAAUGAUCCAGCACUUCCAGGCGCCGUGAGAGCGGCCUUUCGGAACCGCAGAGAUGUGUGAAAGUUAUGCGCUGUCGCUGUUGCGGGUGUCCGUGGCGCAGAUGUGUCAGGCGGUGGGCUGGGACGCUGUGCAGCUGAGCGCCUGUGAUCUGCUGUCUGACGUGCUGGAGAGAUACCUGCAGCAGCUGGCCCGAAGCUGCCACCGCUACUCGGAACUCUAUGGACGUACAGACCCUGGACUGAGCGAUGUGGACCAGGCUUUUGGACUUUUGGGAGUCAGUAUAGCUGAACUUGAGGACUAUGUAAAUAACUUGGAGCCUGUCAGCUUCCCACAAACUAUCCCUCAGUUCCCCAUCAGUAAGAGCAGCGUUCUGCAGUUUCCUGCUGCUGGCUUUGACACGGAUGCCCGUGAUGCACUGAGGGGAGAGAGGAGAGACUACAUCCCAGAAUACUUCCCUCCACUCGUCUCACUGCAGGAAGAUGAGGAAGAGGAGGAACCCGUUCCUGCAGACAUGGGCACUUCUGCCGAGGCCAUGCAGGUCUCCAUGGGUGAGGAGGAGGAUGGAGAUGAAGAAGAAAAUGAUGAGAACUGGCUCAGCCAUCAUGAAGGACAGAGUCCCAGACCUGAAGGUUUAUUGCCAGCCGCCAAAAGACCCCGUCUGAGUACCAAACCUGGCGUUAGCCCCGAAUGGAGCUAUGAGCCACGGGAGCCCCUUAGCUCACUUAACUCCCAGCACAUGCCCCAUUCCCCCUCCCCUCCCCUCUCCCCUGAACUACCCCGUCCACCUGUGGCACCUCCUACACCUGGACAUAAGCCCAAAAUCACCUCCCCAUCUCCUGCACGGCAGAAGAACAAGUCGCCCAAAAGAGGGGGUGGUAUUGCACUCACUGGGGUGUUGGGGCGGUCACUUACGUUGACUCCACCGAAGACCAAUCAGAAGGCAGGAAGGAGGUCACCCGUUAGGCCCAAAAGCCCUUGUAGCCCAAGGCCAAGUCCUGCCCAUUUGGGGAUGGCUGGGCAUGGUUGGGCCGGACCUUUAGGGGAUGAUAUUUGUCGUGAUGGCCAGCUCAGAUGUCAUGAUACAGGAGAUGAGGAUAUCGAGAACUCUAUAGCCGCUGUGAUUGCUCGUGCUUGUGCAGGUGGAGAAGGCACAUCGGACCCAUUUGAUUGUGACUCGGACUUGGAUAGUGAUGGGACAAACCCUCUAAAACCUGUGCCCAAAAACACACUUGGCCACAUCAAACCUCCACAAGCUCUUACUGGAAAACUCCUACCUCUGCUAAUUCCUCCUCUUCUCAACACACCCAACCAUUGGACGAUGGACGACUCUAUAGACGAGGUCAUCCGAAAGGCCAAUCAGGCUCAAAAGCCAAUUCAAGCACCAAGUUUAUCACCCCCAGAGCCCACUUACCUGUCCUCCUCGCCGGAUUCGCCCCCCACACCACCACCCACUCUCAAUCUUCCCCAGGAACGAAAAGAUCCGGCAACUAGCGUUCUUCUGAAGAAAAAACUAAAGAAGGACAUCAAGGCCAAGUUGAAGAAGAAAGACAGGGAGCGACUAAAGGAUAAGGGCAAGGACAAAGGUAAGAACAAAGAGAAGAAGCGUGAGAAGGAGCGAGGACUGGUUGAGGAAAACAAGAUGCCCUGGCCGGAGUUAUCGCUCGGAGGUGAGGAAUGGCGAGACGGCAUUAGCGGGAAGAAAGAGAAGGACAAGCUAAAGGACAAAAAGAAAGAUAAGGAAAAGAGCAAGAAAGAGAAGGAGAAACGAGACAAGGGCAAAGAGCGAGGCAAGGAGGAAAAGAGGAUAUCUCUAGGAGCCAGAGACAUCGCCGCUGCUGCUGCCACUCAGCUCUUCAGCCCCCAGACUUGCCUACGCAUCCCAUCAAUGUUGCCCCCUCUGCCUCCAAUACUCCCUGAUAAACUCUUCCCACACCCCAAGGACACCAAGAGCAAAGACAAGAGGAAAGACAAGAAAGAGAAGAAAAAGAAGAAAGAAAAGGAGAAAGAUCGAGAGACGGAGCGUGAGAAGGAACGUGAGAAAGAACGAACCAAGAAGGAACGAGACAAAGAUGAGAAGAAGAAAGAGAAAGACAAGAAGGAAAAGACAAAGGAAAAGGAGAAAGAGAAGCCUAAACUUGAUAAACCGAAUUUAAUGGCUGAAGUUCCUUCCACUGUCCCGCCAUCUCCUGUCAUACCACGACUGACCCUCAGAGUGGGCGCUGGACAGGACAAGAUUGUGAUCAGUAAGGUGGUACCAGAUUCAGAGCCCACUCCUCCACCACCACGGACCCCAGUGGCAAAGUCUGGCCCUGGAGCUCGGAUGCGUUCCUCCCCAGCUCCCCCUCCACCUCCCCCGGCUCCUGUGGUGCCCCCACUCCGCCCUCCACCUGUCCUUCCCCCUGCACCCCCACCUGCCACCAUUCAGCCACCACACAGCCAAGCCAAAGCACGUGGAUGCAGCGUCGUCACGGAAACUGUCAGUGCAUACGUGAUUCGGGAUGAGUGGGGUAAUCAGAUCUGGAUUUGUCCAGGAUGUAAUAAGCCUGAUGAUGGCAGUCCCAUGAUUGGCUGUGAUGCGUGCGAUGACUGGUAUCACUGGCCCUGUGUAGGUCUUGUAGCCGCCCCUCCGGAGGACCAGUCAUGGUACUGUGUGAAAUGUGCUGGCAAGAAGAAAGACAAGAAGACAAAAAAGAGGAAGCGCAAAGUGCACUGACCCACAUUUCUUUUUCUCCUGUCUCAGUGUUUAUCUGUUUUUCCCUUAAUUAAUUUCCAACACUCUUUUGCUACAGUUUUUUUUUCCUCAAGCUUCUUUUAACUCGGUUAAUUUAACUCAGUGUCCGGUAUCAUAAUGUAUUUUUUUUUAAAGAAAUUUUCAAAUGUGUAUAUGUUACUUUUUUAUGUGGAGAAUCGUACAGUAUGUCUAUAUGAUCUUUGUACUGAGCUCAUGGUUGUUCUGUAGAAGUGUAUGUUGAAAUGAACCUCUCAGUCCACCCUCAUUAAAGUUUGUUUAAUGUACAUGCUGAUUCAUCAAAACAACAUCACCCAAGAGUGAAUACUCUGGACUAUCUGCCUUUUAAUAACUUUCUUCAGAUUGAUUUCGACUGGAGGUGCAGUUUCAUUUUAUUAUGGAUUUAAUUAAAAGUUGCU